AUGAAUUGCUGGCAAAUAAGUUCCUCGCAGGGAGUUCACUUACUCGGGAAGAGAAGAUGGCCUCAAACAAGAGAUAACCUAUUUCGGAGAAGGGUUAUUCAGGAUGAAGGGGAGCAGAAUUGUGUUAUGUGUGGGAGUGAAGCAGAAACUGCAGUUCAUCUGUUUGUUUACUGUGAUUUUGCGGUUCAGAUGCGUAAAGGUAUGAUAAUGAUAUGGAAUGCAGUCAUUUGGACCCUGUGGUUGCAUAGAAACAAGAUUGUGUUUGAGAAUGGAAUUGGGGAUGUAGAAGGACUAGUGGCAGAGGUAAAAAUUUCUUCAUCGAAGUGGUGGAUUGAAAGGACUCAAGCAACUCCUUGCUUGUUCUAUGAGUGGAAUCAGGAACCUUUAAUCUGUAUUGGUUCUGUGUAG